AUGGAGCCAGGGGCGGCCGAGCUGUAUGACCAGGCCCUUCUGGGCAUCCUGCAGCACGUGGGCAACGUCCAGGAUUUCCUGCGCGUUCUCUUUGGCUUCCUCUACCGCAAGACAGACUUCUAUCGCUUGCUGCGCCACCCAUCGGACCGCAUGGGCUUCCCGCCCGGGGCCGCGCAGGCCCUGGUGCUGCAGGUAUUCAAAACCUUUGACCACAUGGCCCGUCAGGAUGAUGAGAAGAGAAGGCAGGAACUUGAAGAGAAAAUCAGAAGAAAGGAAGAAGAAGAGGCCAAGACUGUGUCAGCUGCUGCAGCUGAGAAGGAGCCAGUCCCAGUUCCAGUCCAGGAAAUAGAGAUUGACUCCACCACAGAAUUGGGUGGGCGUCAGGAAGUAGAGAAAGUGCAGCCUCCAGGCCCUGUGAAGGAAAUGGCCCAUGGCUCACUGGAGGCAGAAGCUCCAGGAGCAGUUGCUGGUGCUGCUGAAGUCCCUAGGGAACCACCAGUUCUUCCCAGGAUUCAGGAGCAGUUCCAGAAAAAUCCCGACAGUUACAAUGGUGCUGUCCGAGAGAACUACACCUGGUCACAGGACUAUACUGACCUGGAGGUCAGGGUGCCAGUACCCAAGCACGUGGUGAAGGGAAAGCAGGUCUCAGUGGCCCUUAGCAGCAGCUCCAUUCGUGUGGCCAUGCUAGAGGAAAAUGGGGAGCGCGUCCUCAUGGAAGGGAAGCUCACCCACAAGAUCAACACUGAGAGUUCUCUCUGGAGUCUUGAGCCCGGGAAGUGCGUUUUGGUGAACCUGAGCAAGGUGGGCGAGUAUUGGUGGAACGCCAUCCUGGAGGGAGAAGAGCCCAUCGACAUUGACAAGAUCAACAAGGAGCGCUCCAUGGCCACCGUGGAUGAGGAGGAACAGGCGGUGUUGGACAGGCUUACCUUUGACUACCACCAGAAGCUGCAGGGCAAGCCACAGAGCCAUGAGCUGGUACGAGCAUGGCAGUCCUGGAGAGCCCACCCUUUAGGCCCUUGUGCUGGUGACAAGGCCGAUAGUGGCAGAGGGGUUGGUGAUGACGGUGGGGAAGAAGGUUGUGUGGACCAGCUUCCUGCCAUGUCCUAGCCUAGCAAGGAACCUGUCUUACCUGCUCUUGUCCCCAAUCACUGCUUCACAGGUGCACUCUGGUCUUUCAGCUGUGUUCUCAUACCUGGGCUGAGAGCCCAGAUAAUAGGACCUCUAAGGGUGUCAUGAGAUGUGCCCUUCCUGCACCAGAGCCUGGUAACAUCAAGUGUGUUGAUGGCUUUUGUUUGUGCCUCAUCUGCACAUAUCUUCCCAUGAAGAGUCGCUUGGUGGGACCUUUGGUAGAGGAGGGGAGGGAGCCAGGCUGCAGAGCGAGUUUCUGGAUGUUGGAGGCCAGCAUGUGAAGACUCUGUGAUGUCAGCAGUGGGUUAGGGAGGAGGAAGAGAAAGGUUCCUGUCUGACCAGCAUAGUGCCCAGUGUAGAGUUUGCUCAUGGCCAAAGAGAAUGAUUAAUUAGAUGUAUACAUUCUUUCUUCCUAUUUUAAUAACCCCAAGAGUAGCUAUUUAGGGAAAAAAGGGUUGCUUUCCUCAGAUUAUUUUUAACUUCCCGUGUCCCAUAUACCCAGCACGUGGGUUUGGGCUGCAGUACAGCAGGGCACGCAGACCCAGUGCAGCCUUGAGUCAGUGGGGAGGGGUCAUCUGCUGGGCACCGUCUCCUUAUUUUUGUUCUGUAAACACGGACCACCUCCUCCCCCUGAAGAUCACUGAUUGAUAUUUUCUUCUCAUUUUGUCUCUUGGAGGAACCUUACCUUGUGGUGUAUCUGGAUUGUCUUAGUCUUGCCUUCCGGUACAGCACGUAUUAAUACAUCGUAGGUGGUUCUGCAAGCCCUGUUGCUGUGUGUCGUCCGUUCUUGCCUGUUUUCACAGACAAGUGCAUCCUGCUCUUAUGAGGUGAAGGAGCCUGCAGAGAGGAGUGUCAGCAUGUUCUCCUCACCUGGCCCUGCCACACCAGGGACACGUCCUGAGCACUUAGUACACACAGUUAAGGUGGGGUUGACUGGCUGCACAGUACCCCUGAAAAUACAGUUUGUUUGUUUUUUGUUUUUGUUUUUGUUUUUUUUCCCCCACAAUAGAGAGACUGAAUUUCUGAGGUUGUGACUCAGUAGCUUAAGCAGCAGGGAUGGGGUUUGACCUCUGAUCUGAUUUCACACCUGUCUGUCCUCGCAGCCCUGUCCACCCUGGCGCUUGUCUCUAUGGAAGAGAAUGUUCCUCUAGGUUUGGCCCCCUUUUCCACCCAGGGCAUGGCAGGCUUAAAGGACAUCUUUGCUUGGCCUAUGUCCAUGCAGAGUUUGAAGCCUCAGGUAGUAUUGCAGCACAUGCUCAGCUGAGCUCAGCUCAGGUGCGUAGACAGCCAGACCUGCCUGGUUAUGGCUCAUUCCAGUUAUGCUGCAUUUGCCUGUGGCCACUAGAUGAAAGGCCAGCCUUUGAACCUUUGCCCUAUGGGUAGGGCUUCUCAUGGUAGUGUUUGGGGAUGGUGUAUGUGAGCGUCUGCCCACUCUGUGCCCAUAUUCAGCAUUGGGUCCACAAAAGGGCUGAGAUGUAUUCAUGAGUUGACCUUCGGGAGAAAGAGUCUGUUUUGACUGAAGAACAUGAACCCAGAUGCCUUUUGUUCCAGGCAGAUAAGAAGGCAGUCUUACCAUGUGCCCCUUAGAAGUGUCUUUUUGUGCCACAGGAUGGAGGGACUAAGGUCAGGUGGUUUCUCACAUCUUCCCCAGACACUGACACUGAGUCUUUGUUACAGAGAGAUGAUAAAAGUUAUUGUAGUUUGAAUGGUAUUUGUGCGUUUGUCAAAGCCUUGAUGAAGUUUUUGUAGACUUUAUUUUAUUUUUUUUAAUUUUUUGAGACAGAGCCUCACUCUGUCACCCAGGCUGGAAUGCAGUGGUGUGAUCUCAGCUCACUGAAACCUCGGCCUCCCAGGUUCAAGCGGUUCUCCUGCCUCAGCCUCCUGAGUAGUUGGGACUACAGGCGCACACCACCACGCCCAGCUAAUUUUGUAUUUUUAGUAGAGACGGGAUUUCACCAUGUUGGCCAGGCUGGUCUCGAACUCCUGACCUCAGAUGAUCCGCCUGCUUUAGCCUCCCAAAGUGCUGGUAUUACAGACGUGAGCCACCACCCCUGGCCAGUUUUCUGUAGACUUUAGCUGUUGAGGCAUGAGAGAAGCUAGGAUUCUCUGGCUGUUUUUAUCUGUAAGCCCUCAUGUUUCCUGUGAUUGUAUCUCUUACAGAACCUUAUAUUCAAAAACAAAAUAGCAGGAAUACCUGCUCAUCAUUGGAGUUGCCAGUAGUGCCAAAGACAUGCAUGGAGGUGUCAGGGGCUCCACCAGCCUUUUCUUCUUCUCUACAUCCUUGCCCCUCCCCUUCCCUCCUUUCUUUCUGUUUCCCUUUUCUUUCCCUUAUAUCCUCCCCUCUCCUUGACCUUCCUCUCAGUCUCUUUCCCCCAUCCUUUAUGUUCUGUGCCAACACCUUGUAACAUUGCAUAGUCUCACCCCCCUAUUGGGGCACGUCGGUGAGGAAGACAGACACAGAUCUGCCUUUGUGGUGCUAGGAUUCCAGCCAUUUUAAUCUUACCUUCUCCAAAGAGUAUUUCAGUCCUGCUUUGCAGUUUCAUUGAUAAUCUUCCCCAGGAAACAGCUGCUCUUGUCUGUCCAUUUCUGGAGGCCUAAGGCCUCCUUAUUUUGAUGGCUUGUUGCCAAGCCCACUGCCCAGGACCAGGAAUGGGGAGCUCUGUUCAUUCCAGGUAAGCCGAAGCAACUUCCAGGCAGUUCUGGACCUCAAACCCCUACCUGGAUCCUCACUGUCAGUUCGGGACAGUCCAACCUCAAGGGGUGAAAGAUGGCAACACUACACAUUGUAUGUAUGCACCAUGCACAUACAUGCAUGCACACAUGCAGCAUCACAGGGUGCAACUGGCAUCCCCCUUCAUGCCCUACCCCUGCUCUGAAGGCAAUUCAGUGGGGUCAUCCUGUUGGUGUCCUCUUGGCAAGCUGUUUUUUUGGCCCCUAGGGCACUGCACAGCCCAGGUGUGGAACAGAAAGUCCCCGUGCCUGCAAACAGCUUCUUGUGACCUAGCAUGGGGGAGCCCGUAGACUGGGCAGCGACCCAGUUAGGAAGGAUUCAAAGAACCUUGAAGAUGCUGUGGUCCAGUGGAAAGAGCUCUGUGUGUUGAAUCUAAAUCUAUUCUGCUGUAGACUUGCCAUCGGGCAGCAUCCUGACCCUUGAGAGGAUGUGUGUCCCUCCCCAGAGUAAAGUGCCCUAGGAGAUCUUCAGCGACAUGCAGGAGCCCAGGGCUGGUGGCGCAGGGGUAGGUCCCAGAGUGACCCUCUCCCUGAGAUUGACGUGCUCCUCAACAGCCAGGGAGCCUCUAGCUCUCAGGCAACAGCUGUAGACAGUAAUGAACUGACCUCUCAGGGCUAUGGUCGUUCAUUGUGUAUGUCCAAUCACCUGCCUGGUGCUGAUGGUAAAGUCUCAACUCCUUCCUGGGCAUGAUAGUGUCUGGGGCAAGGUCUGCAGCAUAUGGAGGUUUGCAACACGCAGAGAUUUCAUGUAAAAUGUCCUUAGUGACUGUAGCCUUUUUAAAAAAAAUCAAAUGGGGAAACAGACCUAGAAGGUAGGUACGUGCCCUCAUGUGGCCUCAUGUAGCAGGUUAGCCACAUUUUAUUCAGGUGCCCUGAGGGAUACCUCACAGGCAGAGAGACUCGUGAGUGUUAGGGGGCCGGAGUUGCUUCACUGGGAUCACCAGGCUUCGCUAAGGAGAGAGAGUGGAAAACGGGCCAGGUUCUCCUGUCAGCCUCCAUCUGCCGUUCACGUCGGCAUAGUCACAGUUACCAGCGUGCUCUGGCAUUGAUGCCCAUUUAUGGUGUGAACUCAGAGUUUUCUAAAUUUGCCAAGAUUUCAAAUUGUGCUUCUAAUGCCACAGAUGCUGUGUAUUUUGAAUCAAUUUUAUUUUGAAAUGACAAUACUUUUAUUGUUUUAAA